CGAUAAAAUAGAUCCCAAUAAGGUUUGAGGUUAUGUUAUUGAUAUCAUCCCAAACAAUGUUGUUAUAAUUUAAAAUUUAUCUUUUAAAGCUAAAAAAUGGCACAGUUAUCAAUCGGUAGAGUUAAAACAAUUAUGAAAACUGCUGAUGGUGUUAAUAAUGUUGGUCAAGAUGCAGCGGUAUUAACAACAAAAGCAACUGAGUUAUUUAUUAAAUGUUUAGUAAAAGAGAGUAUAAACGAUAUGGUUAAAACUCAAAAAUCAAAAAAAUUAAAUUACAACAAUUUAGUGAAUGUGAUCCAUAAGUCGGUAAAGUAUGAGUUUUUAGAAACGAUUAUUCCAAAAAAAAUAACGUAUAAAGAGUAUAAACAAUUAAUGGCAAAGAAAAAACGGGAGAAUGGGGAUCUUACGGGCUCUGGUUCUGAGGAUAGCGAAUCUGAUAGUUCUUAAGUCAAUUAGUUUAUAUAUAAUUUUGUGAAAUUAUUGUUUUUAUAUGUAAAAAAAUAAAGUUCUAAAGAAUUUCUACUUAAA